AUGUAUGGGGGAGCUCACCGCCCCCUCGGAGAAAGCGGCUCCACAGCAAUCACCGCCCGGGUAUUCCAUCCCAAGCAUCUCCGAACGUCGUUCUCCCGAGCUGCGUUCCACGGCCAGUCUCGCACCGGUCAAGCCCACAAGGAAAAGAUGACCACCCUGGUUCCUCGCGAGGCGUACUCGCCCGAGGAGUUGCAGCGACUCUACCCGAAAGAUUUGAAGUUGCAAUUGGUGCAAGUGUUCCUGCGUCAUGGCGAACGUACACCGGUCUCUGCGCGUUUCCAAAAUACCGGCUUGAGCCCAUAUUGGCCGUAUUGUGGCGUGGCACGGCGCAUGGUGCAGAUGGCUUCUGGCAGCCAAGAUUUGUCUUCUUGGAACGGCUUCCAAUGGCGGAGAAAGAUGGAAGGAUUUGGUAACAGUGAUGAGGCAGUGGUCGUCGCUGGUCCAGGAGGGGAAAUUGAAGCGAUGUGUACAAAUGGUGAAUUGACCGACAAGGGUCGCGAGACCACAUAUGCUCUUGGAACACGUCUGCGACACCUGUAUGUCGACCAGCUUGGCUUCAUGCCCAAGGUCAAGUCCGACACGGAGGACAUGUACUUGCGUGCCACGCCGAUCCCUCGUGCCCUCGAGUCCCUCCAACAGGCCUUCUGGGGCAUGUACCCACCCAGUGCGCGAACGCAGGACUUUCCCCCUCCUGUCAUCGUCGCGCGCCCGGUCGCCGAGGAGACUCUCUUCCCAAAUGAAGGCAGUUGUCGCCGGUUCCGACAGCUGGCUCGGCUUUUCGCCGAUCGUGCUGCCGCUCGCUGGAAUGACACUGAGCAAAUGGCCUACCUGACCAAACUCUGGUCUCAGUACAUGCCCGAAAGCUCGCCCAAGGUAGCCGUGGACGCUCACCCCCGUCUGUCGGGUAUCAUGGACACAAUCAAUGCUACCGACGCCCAUGGCCCCGCAACCAGGCUCCCAUCUGAAUUUUAUGACAAAAAGGCCCGCGCGAUCGUGGACCGCAUUGCUGUUGAGGAAUGGUUUGCUGGGUACAACGAGAGCAGCGAAUAUCGUAAACUCGGCAUUGGAGCUCUCAUGGGAGACGUGGUCGAUCGGAUGGUCAGCACCGCCGUCGACGGCGGAUGGCGAAGCGAGAGCUCUGCCUCUGGAUCUGGUAUCGACGGCGCUGGCAAAUCUAUCAAGUUUGCCAUGAGCGGAUGUCACGAUACCACUCUGGCGGCCAUCUUGUCCAGCGUGGGAGGAUUCCAAAACGAGUCUUGGCCUCCCUUCACCUCCUCCGUCGCCGUUGAGUUGUUCUCGCAGGCUGCUGACAGCAACAGCGUCGAUGCGGCCGGUACCGUGCUGGAAGAAGUCUCCACCCCAUCUGCACACCAAAAGUCCGGCGCCUUAUCAUUCCUCUUCGGAGGUGACAAGCCCAUCUCCAGGCUGCCCAGUCCAUCCGCGACGGCUCGCAGCCCACUAACUUCAUUCUCCGACGCCGAUCGCGAUACACUCCGCAAGCACUAUGUGCGUAUCCGUUACAAUGACCGGCCAGUCCGCCUGCCGGGGUGUGCGGCCAAGGCCGAAAACCAUCUCCCUGGCGAUGAGACCUUCUGCACAUUAGACGCCUUCAAGGAGAUUGUCGACAAGUUCACGCCCCAGAAUUGGCAGAGCGAGUGCGCUUCCAACCUUGGUGCUGGUCUUCACGGACCUAAUGACGAGUCUCGGGCUCCGGCUGGGUUUUAG